GAGAAGUUAGCCUUGAUAUAUUUCCCAAAUUUGUAGUAAAAAAGCCUAACUUAUUUCCAGUUUUAUCUAUAGACGGCGAGGGCAUGGUUAAUCUACUAGGAUAUCUACCGAAGCGUCUGAAUCGGGCCAAGUACAAUGAGGACGAGCUAAAGAUAAAAAUCAAGAAGGCGUCCACGCUGGAUACAAUGCAGAAGAUGCUAAGCAGGCUGUCGAUUCAGUGCUUUCAUAAGUGUGUGCCAAAGCCAGAGGACUCCCUGGAUAGCCGCCAGCGUCUGUGUAUCUCCAUGUGCAUGGAUCGGUACAUGGACUCCUAUACCCUGGUGGCGCGUGCCUUUGGCAAUAGACUGCAGGCUGAGCUGAAGGAAAGCCUCGCGCAGCAGCAAGCGCAAGGCCAGUCAUGAUGAACCACUCAUGAAAUGGCA